AUGGACACAAAGCUGAAAGACGUUCAUUCCGGGCAUAAAGGAGCAAUUACAAGACUUUGGAAGAACUUUGGUGAGAUACGAGACCUUUCCGAAAUAGAAAUUGAGGACGUCACAGCUAUUUUAGAUUCCGUGUUACAGAAAAGGGAUAUUCUUAAAGAUCUGAAUGAUAAAAUUGUGGAAGCAAGCUCGGAUGAAGACGUGGUGGAUAAAAUUCAACAAACAGAUGAGUACAUGUUUGAUUUAGAUUCAAAAAUUCGUCAAAUUAGAAAACUCAUUAAUCCCUCCCAAUCGAAAAGUCAAAAUUUACCCGUCAAUACUACAGUUUUUCAAGCUAGUCACGUUACUCCCUCUGAUACACCCAUGCAUACCUUGAUUUCGCCUACAGCAAAUAGUGUACCCGCAAGCGACUCCUCUCAAUUGAACCCGCACGCCAAUUGUUUCACGUCAACAUCUCAUGUACAAUCGAAUGCAGCCUCGUUUUAUACAAGUAACCCCGCUAUAUCAGAGAUUAUUCCUGCUACGAACGCGUCUAUGCAUAUUCCAAGUUUACAUUCGUCUUCUAGCACAAAUAAUCAGUACCACAAAUUACCAAAGUUGAACUUGCCUACGUUUAAAGGGAAUAUUUUAGAUUGGCAAUCCUUUUGGGAUUCUUAUGAGACAUCUAUACACACAAAUCCAACGCUCAGCGACGCACAGAAGUUUAACUACUUUAAGUCACUACUACAGGGAGAAGCGUUUCAGACCAUAUCAGGUUUUUCGAUGAAAAACACUAACUACGGCAAAGCUAUUUCGUUGUUACAAGAGAGGUAUGGACAGAUACAUACUAUAAUACAAACAUACAUGCAAGCUCUACUUGAGAUUUCGCCGCCGAUUUAUACUUUAGUAAGCCUCCGCAAUUAUUAUGACAAAACUGAAACUUACGUACGAGGUCUAGAGUCACUCGGACAGACUACAGACACUUAUAGUUCACUACUGGUACCCAUUAUUCUGAACAAGUUGCCCGCAGAAAUACGCCAAAACCUAGCAAGACAACACGGACCGUCAAGUUGGAAUUUGAAAGAUUUAAGGAAGAGUAUACUGAACGAAAUUCAAAUCAUGGAGGCAGGACAAAAUGCAGGUACUUAUCUUGAUUCUAUAGACCACCAGUUUGCAAACUCAUCUAUAAGCACGUUUCACACAGGAAAUAAUUCACCACAAGGAAACACAACACACAACGCGAAGAAAAGCCAGCCCCGGAAUAUUAAGGAGAGACCAUGUGUUUUUUGUAAAGACAUACAUCCACCAACAUACUGUACCAAGGUUAGUGAUCAUAAAGCCCGCAUAGCUAUAGUCAAACGAGACAAUUUGUGCUUAAAUUGUUUAGGAAAUCAUCAUGCUAAUGAGUGUAAAUCUAAAAGAACGUGUAGACACUGUGACAAGAGACAUCAUUCCAGCUUAUGUAAUGUAAGUAACCAUGGUAACAGGGAAACUGCAAACAACCCAGAUAUACAGAAUAAUCAAAGUCAGAAUCAAUCUACAUCUGUAAGUCUCAUCAAUACUACGGAAAACAAGGAAGAUACGCACAUUUUACAUUCAUCGACAAAGAUGCGCACAACUGUGCUAUUGAAGACGGAUGUAGCUCCUGUAUGGUCAGGUAGUAUAUGUACGGAUACGAAUAUUUUAUUUGAUGAAGGUGCACAAAGAUCUUUUUUAACAGAUGAUCUAGCGAAAACAUUGAAUUUGAAAACUGAAGGAGUUGAAGUUGUACACUUAUCGGCAUUUGGAAAGGAAAACACCAGCACGAGAGAACUACGUAAAUCCACCGUGCACAUUGAAACAGGAAAUAGACGUAAAUUUCCAAUUAAAGUUCUAAUUGUACCUACAAUAGCAGUCCCACUUCAGAAUCACAUGCGCAACGUUAACCGAGAUAUGAACUAUCUAAAAGGAUUGAGACUUGCUCAUCCAGUUACCAAAGAAGAUUCUUUUGAAAUUUCUUUACUUAUUGGUGCCGACUAUUAUUGGGAUUUUAUUGAAGACGAGAUUAUACGAGGAGAUGGACCGACCGCGGUAAGAUCAAAGCUUGGGUAUUUGCUAUCAGGACCCUUACAGUCAGGUAUAGCACGUUCGUCUACGACAGCUGGCAUCUUUAACUUACUAGUUUCGCACAAAUCAGAAGAAUUUAAUUUGGAAGCGUUCUGGAAACUUGAAUCGAUAGGCAUAGAUUCAUCCGAAAAUCAAGAGAAAGAGACAAAUUAUUUGAAAGACUAUCAGGAGUCAUCAAUUGAAUUUCUAGGAGAUAGGUAUUCGGCGAAAUUGCCAUGGAAACAAGAUUACGAAGAAUUACCGUCAAAUUAUGAUGUUGCAAAAAGGAGAACGGCGAAUGUUAUCAGAAGAAUAGGCAAAGAUGCGACCAUGUUAAAGAAAUACGGAGAUAUUAUAAAGGAACAGGAACGUCGCGGAUUUAUUGUGAGGGUUGAUGAAUUAGAACCAACAAUUAACAAGGUACAUUAUAUACCACACCAUGCCGUUGUUAAGAAAGAUUCCAGUACAACACCAAUACGUAUGCUUAUCCAAGAUCUUGGUAAGAUUUAG